AUGGCUUAUACAAAUUCUUCUCAUCGAGCUUCAUAUUCAUCACAACACAAUACGCCAACAACCAAUUAUGAAUAUGGACAACGAGAUUUAUCUCGACAAAGUGGAAAACGAGAAGGUGUUUACAAUGGUGAAUAUAAUCGUUCACUAAAUAAUUCAACAACAAAUCAGUAUGCACAAGAUAAUUUUUCUUGUUGGCAUUGUGAUAAAAAUUUAAGCGGAUCAAGAUAUAUACUCAAAGAUGAACAUCCAUUUUGUAUUAAAUGUUAUGAAGACAGAUUUGCCAAUGCAUGCGAAGAAUGCAAAAGAAAAAUUGGAACCGAUUCAAAGGAUUUAUCAUACAAAGACCGUCAUUGGCAUGAAAAAUGUUUUUUUUGUUCUAUGUGUAAAACUCCAUUAGUUGAUAAACCAUUUGGAUGUAAAAAUGAUUUAUUAUAUUGUGGAGAAUGUUAUAAUCAACAAUUUGCAUCCAGAUGUGAUAAAUGCCAUCAAAUAUUUAAGCCGGGUACAAAGAAACUUGAAUAUAAAGGUCAACAAUUUCAUGAACAUUGUUUCACCUGCUUUUCAUGUUCUCAACCAAUUGGUACAAAAAGUUUCAUUCCAAAAGAUCAACGAAGCUAUUGUGUACCGUGUUAUGAAGAACAUUUUGCAACUAAAUGUACUCGUUGUCAAAAGGUGAUUGCUCAAGGCGGUGUAACAUAUAAGAAUCAGCCAUGGCAUCGUGAUUGUUUCAUGUGUACAAAUUGUAAACAAUCAUUAGCUGGUCAACGCUUUACAUCGCGUGAUGAUCAUCCAUAUUGUGCCGAUUGUUUUGCAAGAUUAUUUGCGAAAAAAUGUUACGCUUGUAGUAAACCAAUUACAGGUGUUGGUGGAACGCGUUAUAUAUCGUUUGAAGACCGUCAUUGGCAUAAUGAUUGUUUUGUUUGUCAACGUUGUCAUAGUUCAUUAGUUGGUCGUGGUUUUCUAACAGAAGGUUCGGAUAUAUUAUGUCCCGAAUGUGGCAAACAAACAACUACAUACGAUCAACGUGGUGGUAGUGUUGAUUUAUCAUAUAAAAAUUAA